AUGUCAGACGUCGUUCUAAAUCCGACGAUUCAGGAUGCACAGCUUCUAGUGCCAAAGCUGCUUAUUGUGAGGCCCUAUGUUUGGCCUUUUGCCAUUAUCUACCCAAUUUUUUUCCAGAUUUACUUCAACCAUUAUGAUCAGUACGUGGGUGGAUCUGAGUGGACCUUCGUCUACUUGAUCACCAUCUGUUCGCUCAAUGCAUUGUUCUGGCUUAUGCCUCAUUGGAACUUGGAUGUGGAGGCUCGUUUCAACUUCACUCCUGUCAGAACUAUCGAAGAGGCUAGUCACAUCAAGAUCACACCUGUGGUGAAUGCUGGUGUGGGUGAGAUGUGUCCAAUCAAAAGAGAAAGAUUUGCUGACGGGGAGAAACAGAUCUCCUUCUUAUACCAAAAGAGACGUCAUUUGUUCCACGAAAAGACCGGCAAGUUCUCCCCUCCAGAGUUCAAGAUCGACGAGUUGCCUAAGCUCGAGUAUUUCCAGAACUCUAAGGGUUUGCAAGGUGACUUGGAGAAGCUUGAGCGUAACUACGGUAAGAACAGGUUUGACAUUCCAAUCCCUACCUUCUUGGAGUUGUUCAAGGAGCACGCUGUUGCUCCAUUUUUCGUUUUCCAGUUGUUCAGUGUCGCCUUGUGGUUGAUGGAUGAGCAGUGGUACUACUCAUUGUUCUCCUUGUUCAUGUUGGUGUCUUUCGAAAUGACAACCGUGUUCCAGAGGAGAACUACCAUGAACGAGUUCCAGAGCAUGGGUAUUAAGCCUUACGCCAUCAAUGUCUACAGAAAUAACAAGUGGGUUGAGUUGCAGACUGACGAGUUAUUGCCUGGUGAUGUUGUGUCCGUAACAAGAACCAACGAGGACAGUGCUAUUCCGUGUGACUUGUUGUUGCUCGAUGGCUCUGCCAUCGUUAAUGAAGCUAUGUUGUCUGGUGAGUCUACUCCUUUGUUGAAAGAGUCCAUCAAGUUGAGACCUGGUGAGGAAUUCUUCCAGCCAGAGGGUUUGGACAAGAACAGUUUGUUGCACGGUGGUACCAUGGCUUUGCAGGUGACUAAGCCUGAGAAAUCUAUUAUUCCUGGCGCUCCUGAUGAUGGUGCUUUGGCUUACGUGUGUAAGACAGGUUUCGAGACCUCCCAGGGUUCCUUGGUUAGAAUGAUGAUUUUCUCCAGUGAGAGAGUCUCCGUUGGUAACAAGGAAGCUUUCAUGUUUAUUUUGUUCUUGUUGGUGUUUGCCAUUGCUGCUUCCUGGUACGUUUGGGUUGAAGGUAGCAAGAUGGGCAGAAUUCAAUCAAAGUUGAUUUUGGACUGUAUUAUCGUCAUCACCUCCGUUGUCCCUCCAGAGUUGCCUAUGGAAUUGACUAUGGCCGUCAAUUCCUCAUUGUCGAGUUUGCAGAAGCAUUUUAUCUACUGUACCGAGCCAUUCCGUAUUCCAUUGGCCGGUAGAAUUGAUGUGUGCUGCUUCGACAAGACUGGUACUUUGACUGCCGAGGAUUUGGUUUUCGAAGGUUUGGCUGGUUUUGAUAAAGACGAGACUCACAAGCUCCGUACUUGUGACGAGGCCCCACAGACUACUUCUUGGGUGUUGGGUUCUGCGCAUGCUCUUGUCAAGUUAGAUGAUGGCGAUGUUGUUGGUGAUCCAAUGGAACAAGCAACUUUAAAGGCUGCUGACUGGACUGUUGGAUUGAAGGAUUCCGUCGAAAGAGCUACCGCCAAAGGUAAGACUGAGAAAAUCAAGAUUUUGCGUCGUUUCCAAUUCUCUUCUGCUUUGAAGAGGUCUUCGGCUAUCACAUCUAUCAACACUUUGCCUAAUAAGAAUUUCGUUGCUGUUAAGGGUGCUCCAGAAACUAUUCGUCACAUGUUGGUUGACGCUCCCGAACAGUACGAGCAAAUCUUUAAGUCGUUUACCAGAGCAGGUUCCCGUGUUUUGGCUUUGGGCUACAAAGAGUUGGACACUAGUGUCAACGUCCUUAAGGCCAAGAGAGCCGACAUUGAGUCUAAAUUGCACUUCGCUGGUUUUAUCGUGUUCCACUGUCCCUUGAAGCCUGAUGCUAUCGAGACUAUCAAGAUGUUGAAUGAGUCCUCUCAUCGUUCUGUGAUGAUUACUGGUGACAACCCCUUGACUGCUUGUCAUGUUGCUAAGGAGGUUGCGAUUGUCGAGAAGGAGGUUUUGAUUUUGGACUACCCUGAAGAGCACCAUGAGGUGUCUGAGUCUGAAGUUUUGGUUUGGAGAAACAUCGAGGAAACUAAAGUCAUUCCAUUCAAGAGUGGUGAUGCUAUUGACCUCGAGUUAUUCAAGAAGCACGAUAUAUGUCUUACUGGCCAUGCCUUGACUCAUCUCUCUGAACAUGCUCAAAUCUUGGAUAUUUUGAAACGCACUUGGGUUUACGCAAGAGUGUCUCCUGCCCAGAAAGAAUUUAUUUUGACGACUUUGAAGGAUGCUGGUUACCGUACCUUGAUGUGUGGAGACGGUACUAACGAUGUCGGUGCCUUGAAGCAAUCUCACAUUGGUGUCGCUUUGCUUAAUGGUACCGAGGAGGGCAUGAAGAAGAUGGCUGAGAACAGAAGAAUCACUGCUCAAAAGACAAUUUAUGAGAAGCAGGCUCAAAUUAUGGCCAACUGGAACAGACCACCACCUCCAGUGCCUGCUCUCAUUGCCCACUUAGGUGUGGAAAUUACUCCUGAAUUGAGACAAAAGGUCGCCCUUGCCAACCAAAACAACACACAGCCAAUUGAGUUCGUGAAGGACAGUAGUGGAAAGCCUUCUGCCAGUAAGAUGGCCGACAACCUCUUGACUUCUAUGAGUGGCAUGGACCCUGAGGAGGACGAGGUUCCAACUUUGAAAUUGGGAGAUGCCUCUGUUGCUGCUCCAUUCACUUCGAAGUUGGCCAGUGUUUCGACUGUAACAAACAUCAUUCGUCAAGGACGUUGUGCAUUGGUCUCCACCAUUCAGAUGUACAAAAUUUUGGCAUUGAACUGUUUGAUUUCUGCAUACUCCUUGUCUGUUUUGUUCUUGUCUGGUAUGAAGUUUGGUGAUGCCCAAUCUACUAUCUCCGGAAUUUUGUUGUCGGUUUGUUUCUUGAGUAUCUCCCGAGGUAAACCCCUUCAGAAAUUGAGUAAGGAGAGGCCACAGGACGGUAUCUUCAACAUUUACAUCAUGGGCUCCAUUUUGGGUCAAUUUGCCAUCCACAUUGCGACUUUGAUCUACAUCACCAAGGAGAUUUACGCCUUGGAGCCAAGAGCACCUCAAGUUGACUUGGAGAAGGUUUUCGAGCCAUCUUUGUUGAACACUGGUAUGUUUUUGCUUCAAUUGGCCCAACAAGUGUCUACCUUUGCCGUCAACUACAUUGGUUUGCCCUUCAAGGACAGUAUCAAGGAUAACAAGGGUAUGUGGUACGGUCUUUUGGGUGUCGCGGGUUUGACUUUGGCUGGCUCGACUGAAUUCAUGCCCGAGUUGAAUGAGGCCAUGCAGUUUGUGCCUAUGGACGUUGUUUUCAAGAGUAAGUUGACUGGAUGCAUUCUCUUGGACUUGGGCGGAACAUGGCUUAUUGAAAUUGUUCUCAAGCACUUUUUCAUGAACUCUGCUGCCGCUGACAUUUGUGACAGGGACUUUUAG